AUGCCUCUAUUUGGAAAAGACAAAAAAUCCAAAAGCAAAAAUGGUAGUAAAGACUGUGCUGACAAGAGUCUAGUUGACGAAAAGUACCAUCUCAAAGAACAGCUAGGGACGGGAGCAUUUUCUGAAGUCAGGCUUGCGGAGAGCAAAGAAAAGCCCGGCCAAUUAUUCGCAGUCAAAAUAAUUGACAAAAAAGCUCUAAAGGGCAAAGAGGACUCAUUGGAAAAUGAAAUUAUGAUUUUAAGAAAGCUGACGCAUCCAAAUAUCGUUCAACUCCUGGAAACUUUCGAAGAUAAGAAUAAGGUUUAUCUUAUAAUGGAGCUGGUUACCGGAGGCGAACUAUUUGACCGGAUUGUUGAGAAGGGCUCCUACACUGAAAAAGAUGCAGCCCAUUUAAUACGUCAGGUGCUAGAAGCAGUUGAUUAUAUGCACGAACAAGGAGUGGUACACCGUGAUCUGAAGCCUGAAAAUUUGUUAUACUAUAGCCCAGAUAAGGAAAGCAAGAUCAUGAUAAGCGAUUUUGGCCUUUCUAAAAUGGAAGAUGGUGGAAUUAUGGCAACAGCUUGCGGUACUCCAGGAUAUGUAGCCCCCGAGGUAUUGGCUCAAAAACCAUAUGGUAAAGCCAUUGACGUGUGGAGUAUAGGAGUGAUUUCUUAUAUAUUACUUUGUGGAUAUCCACCUUUCUAUGAUGAAAACGAUGUGAAUCUUUUCGCUCAAAUUCUUAAAGGGGAAUUUGAGUUCGAUUCUCCUUAUUGGGAUGAAAUCAGUGGUUCUGCAAAAGACUUUAUCAAAAACUUGAUUUGCGUCAACGUUGAAAAACGAUUCAGUUGCAAGCAGGCACUAGCUCAUCCUUGGAUUUCUGGCAAUGAAGCGUCAAGUAAAAACAUUCAUGGCACUGUAUCUGAACAGUUGAAGAAAAAUUUUGCAAAGUCUCGGUGGCGCCAAGCUUACCAUGCAACAGCUGUAAUUCGUCAAAUGCAAAGAAUGGCACUAAGCAGCAGCGGAAGUCAAGGUCCUAAAAACCCGUCUCCCAAGCUAAAUACGACGGAUGGUGCUGGAGGGGGCCGUGGAGAUCAAUCUAGAGGCAGUAGUGCCUCUUCCGCUGGUAAAUUGUAGAUACUCAGUUUUAAGGUCAAAUUUCAAUUUGCAUGGAACGAAUAGCCGCGUCUACGUGCCUGUUGGUUAAGAUGUGAUGUAAAUUCCAAGAUACAAAUUCGCUUAUUUCUGUACUCUGAUCCAUAUUUAUCCGGCAGACUAAGGAAAGCAAUCAACGUAAAGAACAACACCACAUGAAACUUUGGAUAAUGUAUUCAUUAUUGCCGCAUUUAAUGAAUUUACAGAGUGUUUGUAAUACGUCUGUCCCAAAUACUAGCACAUAUUCUUAAAAGAAAAACGAGGAAUUAACCAAGAUUAAUUAAGCUGCAUUCCUUGCAGACUUGUAUGUAUGUAUAUUUGAUCAUGCAAUUUUGACUAAUAAAUCGUACACUAUACGAUAAAUAAAUGUAAUAAAGGCAAGAAUUUUGUCGAAAGAUAGUGCAAGUCUCGAGGUUCGCUAACCUCAAGCACCCUCAGGACCGGUUUCGAGCCUAUUAGCUCUCAUCAGCUGAGUUUAAAUCCAGCUGAUGUUAAUAGUUUCCUCUCUUUGUGUUUGCAUUGGGUAAAUCAAGUUCAGGUUUCGCGGUCGCUAAUUUCAAGCUAAACCCAGCUGAUGAGCCGUAAUAGGCUCGAAACCGGUUAUGGGGGUGCCUGAGGUUAGCGAACGUCAAAACUUCCGCUAUCUUAAAUAAAUGUAUGUUUUUUAACUAUCUAAGUAAAUACGUUACUUUAUUCAUUAGAGUUGCGGCGAAUUGUAAACUUAAAAUAUUUAGCAUUUUACUUACCUCAAAAAGGCAAUUCUGUGUGUUUGGUCAUAUAUUUUUCUUAUAACUGGACCAUAAAAUAUUUCAUUUUAAAUAGGAUUUGGUUAGGUCUCACAGUAGCCUUUUCCAAUGUGCAUAGAAAAAAAUCUAUUAUCUGAUCGAAAUGUUCAAGUGGCAAAGUAACUAAUUGAUAUUUUUUUUAAACCGAACUUUGCCGCACUGUAUUGAAAAGCCGUCCACUUUCAGAUUAGAUCAAUUGGACUAAUUCGUCAUGUUUUCACGUAAGAAAGUUGUGGAAAUGUGUACAGCCAUUUUGCAAACCCCUCAUUUUUUGACAGCAGUGCUAUAUCUCAUAGUUAAGGAUUGAAGUUUUCGUUACGCUGUAUUUAAUGUGACUUAAAUGUAAAGACAUUACUAUAAGGCUAUAUAAUGGACAAUAUGUUCCUUAUUAAUUUUAAGAUAUUCAAUAAACCCACUUCGGUGGAUGGCCAGCUUUAACUUGCACUAUAAAGAAUAUUGUGCCAAAUGUAAACACUAAUGUAUAUCGGCCUUAUGUGAAAAUUACAUCGAAAAAGAUUUUCAUGAAACACGCAUUAAACAUUUUUGAUUGUAUAUUAAUGAGUAGAUGAAAAGUUGGUCAUCCAUAAGCGCAUAAUUUUAUAGAGUCAUUCUUAUUGGUUGAAAAUUCGUGAGCUGGAUAUUUAUUUUAAAAGGCUGGUAACAUUUAUGUCUAGUCGAGUUUCAAAUGUUUUCCUUUUUACGUUAAAGUACACUUUAAGCAGAUUAUCUGAAAUAAAUAUUUGAUCGUCUCUAAAAAUUACGAGGAAACAUUUGCUCAUUUUUUUUAAAUUUGGGUCUUGAACACUAAGCAUUUACACAUGAAAAUGCUAUUGCCUGGUUCUAUUUGCGCUACGGAAUGUUUUAUGUAAUACAAUUCAGGACAUAACACACAACAUUGUUGCUAAUUCUAUUUAAGUUUUUCCAAAUUCUUGGAGACCUGGAUUCUUAGAAGGUUUUCUAACGUCUGUUCGAAGUCAAGAGGCACGAGCAUUAGUGUCAACUUGUGUCCAGAUUUCUUGUAUAAUAUCCAUGCAUUUUGUAUGUUCGCAUCUAGAAUCCAAGUUAUCAAGCUCCAGUUCCACUUUUUUGCUCUGAUUCCAAUUCGAAAGCGGUUAAUGUUCUCAUCAAUCAAAUCUGUGCCGCCCAUUGCAUUGUUAUAUUUUCCAAUAAUACAUGGACGUUGCACCUGGAUAAGUCUUUUUUUUUCAUUUGGAGUAUCUUUUUGCAAACGAUUGUGGUUUCACACAGUAACAUGUUGAUGCCACACUUACGACGUUAUUAUCUAAACAUCUUACAAAAAUAAUGUCAGUUGCUCUAUCAAGGAUUGAAUCGAAAUCACCUCCCUUACGUUUCUGCAUAUUAUUUUUUGAAGCCAUUGGACAGUUUCAAUAAUACCCGCGAUCCUUUGUAUGUACCAAAAGGUGUAAGCUUGUAAAUAAAUUGUCACAAUAAAAUUUGCAAGGUAAUUUGACUUUAUUGACUGGUAAUUCAUCGAGCAUAGUGACAAAAGGUGCAGUACAGGUCCCAAAAACCUUGUAUUUGAUUUGCUUUAGGAUCAGAUCCUUGGUACAAGUUGAAAUUUGGGUCGAACAGUUACAGUUAAUGGGAUCGUACUCCUCUUUGGUUGAAACGUAAAGUAAAUUUAGUGGCCAAUAAAUCGGAGAAAAGUGCUUGGUGGAAUACCAAUAUAACAGUUUUAGCUUAUUGUAUUGAAGGAAUUUUAUCAAAAUAUCAAUAUAUUCAGUUUUCUCAAAAUUAUUUGUACGUUUGGAUGUAUAUUAAAAGUGUUAAUUUUAUUCAUAGAACACUCAAAGAAGAAGUAAUACCAAUGAAUGACUCUAAUGGCGCUUUUUAUGUAUUAUGAAACUACUUGCUGUUAAACAAUGGUAAGACAUGUUGGUCCAUUUUAAUCUAAUUCUUGAGCUAAGUGCAAAUAUUCUAAAUUUUUAAGAAUACUCUAACUUAUCGCAUUCCACUAUAUCUGUGGUGUUUCUAAACUCCAAACUAAAUGCUGGGUGAUUCAGUUAGAAUUAAUUUUUUUGCUGCGAUGGUUAAUAAAAAAGUUAUUAUUUCCAUAUUCUUUAGAAUGUUUUGUUGAAAACCGUUCGUAUCUCAAAUUCUGUUUCAUAAAUUCGAAGUCAAGAUAUUGCAGCAGGAGUAAGCCCACGAGUGAAAGUAAUUAUAUGGAAGAGAAGGAAUUCGUUGCAUUAAUGAUCCGAAUAAAAAAUCAGUAAGAUUCGAGUAAAUUUCGAGUUUCGCCAACCUUGGGCACCCCCAGGACCGGUUUCGAGCCUAUUAGCUCUUAGCUCUAGGUUUCGCUGUCGCUAAUUUCAGGCCAAACUCAGCUGACGAGAGCUAAUGGGCUUGAAACCGGUCCUUGGGUGUUUGGACAUUAAUGAUUGUCCCAUUUUAUUAAUUAAAACUUGAUCACCCUGUAUACAAUCUCUGAAAACUUCAGGUUAGCUUUUAAGUUAUUAUUUAACUUGGUAUUACGUUGAUGAUAGUCUAGCCACGUUGAUAAUAUUCAUGCAUUAUUACAACUUUAUUGAUAAAUUAGUAAAUAUGCCUGCUUAGGUGCUUGGAUUUUGUCGGUAUAAAUAAAAUGCUAUUUUCCUUGGACCAACGUUUUGGGUAUUUUAACCCAUCAUCAGGGGUUCCUAUAGCCGAAACGUUGGCCCAAGAAAAAUAGUGUUCUAUUUUCUGUUGCCAUGAGAAUUAUUUUGAACGAUGUCCAUAUUUAUACUAAUUUGAGUUGAAAUCACCAAGUCGUUUAAUGCAUAAAAAUGUACCAUGCCCAAUUCUCAGAACAAACAUAUACCUCUGUAAUUGAGCAAACUGAAGAAUUACAUGGAACUAUCUCUGUCAUAGCCACAUUGUUCAAUGUAAAAAAAAACAUGAUCUCAAGUUUUAAAUUCAAAUACUACCCAUUUGUCAUUGUGGGACUUCAAAAUGUUCAAAAUAAUUCUCAGCCGACGAUCUAUUGACCGAUAAGCCCAAACACCUCAACAAGCAUUUUUUACCAAUUAGCAUAACGGUCACCAACAAACAACAACAUUUAUUACAGGGUGACAAUAAAAAAUGACCUCUAGCAAAAACUUCAUAAAAUGUUUAAUUUUCAAUAGAAACAAAAUUUAUCAACAAAGAACAAUAAACAACUAUUUUGACUACAAGAUGCGCAGCCGGAUUAGAAGUGGCCUCCUUGCGCGUCUCGGCAGAGCACCAAACGCUACCGAAAAAUUUAUGCCGCGCCACGCACUUCUUCCGGCGACAAUCGUUCCCAUUCCCGACGCAGCGGCCGUUUCAGCGACUCGAAAGUUUUGUGGCGUGUAGCACAGGACCUGGUCUCCAAAAUAGAAGACACACUGUAGUCCAUCGAAUUGAGAUCUGGCGUGUAGGGCGGCCAUUCCGCCGACGCGAUGAAAUUCGGAAAAUGGAUCCGGCAACAGUCCUGAGUCUCUUUCGCCUUGUGGGUCAGAGUCCUGUUGGAACGUCCAAUCCGCACGGAAGUACGACGGCUUCGAGGAUGUCACGGUGGUAGAAGUGCUUGUUGAUUUUCACCCUUUGUUCCACGAAUACGAUGUACCGGAGGCCUCCACGGACCAGCUCUUAUCGUUCAGCUGAGUGUGGGUUUGUUCAACGGUGAAUAGCUUCACAUCAGUGAAGAGGAUUUUCUCCCAUUGAAGAGGAGCGUGGCGUCCAAGCAUUCGUUUGGAUCGUUCAAGCCGUACGCACUUGUCGUCGGAGGGGAGUUGAACUUUUUGGAGUUUCUAGGGCUUGAAAUGGAGAUCCUGUCUGGCUGUUUGGUGGAAUGAUUCCCAAUUGAUACCAGUCUCACGCGCGUUUUUUCUGUGACCAGUUUGGCCGAGCUCUUCAAACCUCUUGAUGGUUCGUUGGACGUUUGAUUUGUCGAUGCCGAGCGUUCGCGCAAUAUCGAUCGGACGCUUUUUCAAUUCAUAUAACGUCAAAGUUUUUUUGUUCUUGGGUUUGACAUCUUAAUAAAGUGGCUUAAAUAAAAAUUUUCAAACAGUAAAUAAACAUGUCACAUUUGUGACAAUUUGGUUGUUAUUUUUUUAGUGUCAUCUGGUAAUAGUCUCUUUCUAAGUUUAUUUAAUAGCAUUUCUAAAGAUAGAAGAUAAUUUUUUAUCUUUUGAGAAUACUUCAAAUAUAUUUACGUGCAUUCUGUAUAUAAAUAGUUUCUAAUGUGACAAAUAAGUGUAAAAGGCAGGUUUAAAACAGUUAGUUGUUUUAAAAUCAUUAAUCUAUCCCACAACCGCUUUAGAUGGUGUGCAAAUGAUGCCUAAUUAUAAUAAAUGAGUAUCUACCAUUUGUGCUUAACGAAAGAACUAGCCUUUUAUAUUUAUCAAAAAAUCCUGUUGAAGGAUUCUUGUGAUUUUAGUAAUUCUCUAACAUGUUAACUAUUAAUAUCUAUGUAAUAUUUUUAUUUUUUUACACAGUAGCUGUUUAGUUUGGGAAUAUAAUUGAUCUGAAUAUUUAUCUUUACUGGAAAUAAUCUGAAGUGUACGCUUUUGUAUCAUAUAAGUUAAGAUACAUUGUAUUGAUCUGUUUUAAAUUGAAUCAUCUGCAGUAAACGACAAAUAUACGACCUACAUUAAGUA